UUCUCCUGUUGUUGUAUGGGUUUUCCUUAUUAAUUCCACACUGAGCUGGCUUAUUUCUCUGCAGUGUGUUAAACAUUAACAAAAGCAUGGUUUCAAACGAAUCAUGUAAUAAUACCACCUGCAAUGACACUCUGAUCGUGAAUGGGACUGGCAAGCCAGCAACAAGCAUCAUUAUGUUUUUAGCGGCCGUGGUGGGGAACCUUCUGGCUCUCUUCAUCCUCGGGGUGCACCAGAAGGAGCAUCGCUCCAGGUCUUCUGUCUUCUGCAUCCUGGUGACUGGCCUGGCGCUCACCGACCUUCUGGGCACCUGCCUCCUCAGCCCACCUGUGUUCAUUUGCUACGCCCGCAACAUGUCCCUAAUAAAUCUGGGUGGUGCGGGACUGUGCAACCUCUUUGGCUUUGCCAUGAGUUUCUUUGGCCUGGCGCCCACGCUCAUCUUGUGCGCCAUGGCCGUGGAGCGAUGCCUAGCCAUCAGCCACCCUUACUUUUACUCAACACACAUCCGCCGCAGCUUUGCAAAGUUCAUUCUUUUCUUUAUUUACAUCUUCUCUUUGGCCUUCUGCCUCCUGCCAUACGCUGGCUACGGCAAAUACAGACAGUACUGUCCCGGGACAUGGUGCUUCAUCGACAUGGACGCGACAGGGGAUGAACAGGCCAGCUUGGUGCUGGCCUUCUCCCUGUCCUACUCCUCACUCAUGGCACUGCUGAUCUUUGCAGUGUUUGUGUGCAACGGUUCAGUGAUUGUCAGCCUGUGCCAGAUGCACCGGAGCCAGAUGAUGCGGCGCGGGUCAGUUGGAUCCACAGGAAGAAAGAGGAAGCUGAGCCUGGCUUGGUUCGCACAGGGUGAAGAGGAGGUGGACCACCUGGUGCUGUUGGCCCUCAUCACUGUCAUCUUUGUGGUCUGCUCCCUGCCACUCACUAUUGCAGGCUUUAUCAACGCCAUUCACCCAUUUUGUGGCGACUCAGAGAACCUGACAGCCUUCCGCUUCUACGCCCUCAACCCCAUCGUGGACCCCUGGGUUUUCAUCAUCUGCCGCAAGUCUGUGUUUCACCACCUUUGCUCUCUGCUGAGCUGCCGCUUCAGCAGAAAAGCUGUGAAGACAACGGCACAAUGUGCUCUGUCUUUACCCCUGGACAAUCACAUACAGCGCAACACCCCAGACGGGACAGUUCCACAGACAAACACGUACUCCAGUUUACCUCUGUGACCCAACAGGAGCCCUCGGCUGUGUGGGACGACUGGAGCCUUCAUGUCUGAUAAAACAUUGGAGUCAACCUGUGACAUUUGCAUACAGUCCUGCACGCAACAUUUUAAGGCACACAGACUUUGACAAAGAAGUAGAUGCCAGAAUGGAUCUCUUUAAACUAACUUUGGAAAAAAUAAAACAAACGAAAAAAAAGACAAAAGAACAGUUGCACUAAGACUUAAAUUUCCGUUGAGUGAUGGAAGCAGUUUCAAACUUUCAAAGAGAGUUGUGCCAUAAAACAAACAGCACUGUUACUUAGCACUAAGGAACACAUCAAACCAUAUCAUACCUAUGAAUAAUAUACUGUAAAAUCUGAAUACAUGCACUUGGGCAAAAAAUAUAUGGGUAAACAAAAUG